ACAACAACAACAACAACAACAACAGCAACAACAACAACCACUUCUUCAACAAGCACAACCAACACAAACUCCACUUCAACAGCAGCAGCUCCUUGCAGCAGCGCUUCCUCAAUUGACGGAUGAUUUGAAGUUUAAGUUGAGACAAUUGAUUGAUGAAGUAUCAAGAAACAAUGUUGUGUUGAAGGAUGUUACGUCAUUACUUACUAGUCAUGAUAAAGAAGUUGUUAGAGAAAGUAUGACUAAAAUUAAUCAGCAAUAUGGAAAUGUUGAUAGUAUUAUUAGUUAUUUCUUUAUCUUAACUAGAAAUGUUGAUGGAACUAAGAAAUUGGUUCAAAUGAAGUAUAUGACCAAAAAUAUCGUUGAUAAUUUACUUCGAGGAAUCUAUUUGGCUACUCCUGAUUUAUUAGAAAAGUUAUCAUCUCAAUAUCAGAAGUAUUUUGCUUAUGUCAAGGACCAGUUUGCUGCUAGAAAGCAACAAAUUCAGCAACAGCAAUUGCAACAACAGCAGCAACAGCAACAACAGCAACAGCAACAAGUUCUACCCCAACAAGCAGGUAAUCAGCAACAACAAAUCCAACAACAAUACUUACAACAACAAAAGCAACCAGCCCCUCAAAUGGGACCUAAUUCCAAUUGGCCAGCUGUGGCUCCACCACAGAGAGCAUCUACAAUCAAUAGUAGUCCAAUGAUGAUGAAUAAUGCUUCACCAUUACUUCAACAACAACAGAUCCCAAUCCAACAACAUAUCCCUCAACCUCAAGUUCAAACUACUCCUGUUGUACCACCUCAAUCUACUCCAAAACCAAUUGCAAGAUCAGUUACAACUCCUGCAGCUCCAACUCCUGGAGCUACUGUACCUCCUACUACUAAAAGAGGUGGAGGUAGAAGAAAAGGUUCUACUGCUAAAGGAUCUAUUGGUACAGCAGCCACACCUGCUGGAACUGCUGCAUCUCCUGGAACUUCUAUUGUUAAUAAUAUUAAAACUCCAAAUAGUAUUCCAACUCCUCAAGUUGUUCAAAGUCAAAGUAAUAAGAAUACUCCAUCCGAACAAUCACCAAAUUAUCCUGCAAAAACUCCCGGAUCUACAGCAAGUGGUGGAGCUACAAGUGUUAAUGUUAAUGCUACAAUUCCUACUACAGAUGCUGAUAUUUUUAUUAAUACAAAAGAUGAUUCUAAACUGGCAAAAAGAAGAGAAUUAUCUAAUAGUGAUCCUGAAAGAUUCUUUUAUGCAUCACUUGCUAAUUUAUUAGAAAUUGAUGAUUCAUUUGUUGAUGCUGUUAUUAAUAGUAAUAAUUCUCAAUAUGGUACUCCCAAGACUCCUUCAUUAAUUAAUGGUAAACCUAAUAUUAAAUCUCCAUUAUCUCCAAUGAUUCAUGCUGGAGGUUGGACUAGUGAGAUUAAACCUCAAGCUAUAACUUCAUCAUUUAAACAAGUUGAUAUUUUAAGAGAAUUAGUAUCGAAUGAUUUAAUUGAUAGUUGUAGUCAAUUAGCCAAUGAAAGAGUUAAACAUUUAGGAGUUGUAGUUGAAAAUGGAAAUGGAAAUGGAAAUGGUCAUGGAAUUAAUGGAAUUAAUGGAAUUAAUGGAAAUGGCAUCAAUGGAAAUAUCAUUAAUGGUCAUGGUAUUAAUGGCCAAAAAAGAGUUAAAGAAGAAGAAGAAGAUGAUUUAGAUGGAUUAUUUAAUGACAAGAAACGCAAAUUAUCAACGUCUUCUUCUGAUUAUAAGUAUAUGUACGAAUCUGUACCCUUUGAAGAGUGGAAACAGUUUGUCGUAUCAAGUUUUGAUUAACCUCUCAUAUAUAUAUGUGUGUAUAUGAUUAUUUUAUUUAUAGUGUGUUUAAUGUAUGUACUAUUGCAUUUUGUGUGUGCGACACAGUAACU